CAUUUUUUUUGGUCCAAUAAAACAAAGUUAAAAAAUUAGGGAGAAAAUAAACUCAAAAGAGGAAACAGAGAAAAACAGUGAGCUUUGAAUGGAAAUCUUUGGUUGCUGGUGGUAGAGGAGACGAACCGAGAGUAGUGUUUUAAGGUGGGGAUGCUUGUAGAGAACAGGGGUAUUCAGGGAACAAAUUUUUUGAACUUGGGGGCAUUUUGGGUAGAUAGAUAGCCAUGGAGAGGGACUUUCUGGGAUUAAGUGGUAAAGAUUCAGGAGGAGAGGGCAGAGGCAGCCGCCAGGAUUCAGGUUUUGUAGGAGGUCAAGCUGUGCAGUGGCCUUUCUCAAACAAAAUUUCUGCUUUUCAGCAUCUCAUGUCUUUUAGGACUGUGCCUGACGAGAAGUCGAGAAAAGCUGCAUUUGAUCAUCUCUCUUCACCGGGGUAUCAGCCGACUGUUACUAAAGUUCCCUUUGAUUCUAGUUACAGAGCCUCUCCCUCAAAGGAAGCUCCUCAGAGAAGUUUCAGUCUUGAUAGGCAAAGUGCCCACCAGUUCCCAUCGCAUGCUUAUCAACCUCAAACUGCCGAUACUUUUGGAGCUUCGAGUCAUCAUGUGGUUUCGCACCCAUCAGUUCCUGUUUCCAUGAGCAGCUCUUUCUUAAAGUUCCAUGGUUCUUCAAGUGUUCCCAAUUUCCCGGCCACCAGUUUUAAACAACAGUCUUAUGGAGGAUUUACAGCUAAUAAUCCCAAUGUUGUUGGUUCUGGUGUUGGAACUUCCGUUCCAAGGAACGUUUCAAAGCCUAUUAACUCCUCACAAUUGACAAUCUUCUAUGGAGGUUCCGUGAAUGUUUUUGAUGAUGUCCCACUAGAAAAGGCGCAAGCAAUCAUGUUAAUGGCGAGUAGAUCAUGCAAAAGAGCUUCAGAUGCUCCAAAUCAAAGACCCGAAACUCCCGUUUCUUCUCCAAUUCCUAAGGUGAUAGGAGUUAGUGGUUUGAAUGCAAGCCAUUCCUUGGCUCAAAUGCAGACACAGAACCCAACUGUAUCUCCGACUUCUCACGUAGGAUCUCAAUCAAGGAGCAGUUCUAGCACCGUUGAUGAUGUGGCAGGGGCAAAAAAUUUGGGCCAAGUGCCCACUAGUAUUAGCCAGCAGGAGCCUUCCAAAGCUAUGAACACCCCGGCAAGUAUGCUACCAAGAGCUGUGCCUCAGGCUAGAAAGGCAUCAUUGGCUAGAUUCUUGGAGAAGCGAAAAGAAAGAGUAACCAAUGCCAUGCCUUACUCUUCUGCCAAUAAAUCACCUGAAAACUCUACUGGCUUCGAGGUUCCUGCCAAGAUCUCGAGCAAAUGCUCGUCAGCUGAUCCCCCUCUUUCGAGCAAUCAAGAAGAGUCAUGGUGUUUUGUUCAGCCCAAGGAAAGCCUUGACGUCAGGGACUCUCCAAGCACCAAAUUACAAAUGUAAGGUUAUUGCUACGGAGCAGCACAUUCUCUCAUUCCAUAUUGUACCAAUUUUCCAUUCAUUCAGGUUGUUGCAUCUCAGGGAAGAGAGGUUGUUAUAGAAGUAUAUGUGAUAUAUGUUGAAAAAAGUGACAGGAGCCUUUCAAUUCCUAACAUAAGUUCCUCCUGAAACACUUGGCCGAAAUAUUUGGCCUAAAAUUUUCAUUAUAUCAUAUAUUGUUUAAUAUUAAUAGUCAAAUAGUUGAACUGUAUUUUGAUGUUA